AUGGGGCCAUCAUAUGAGCUCUACGAUGAUGAGGCAUGGGACCGCGGUGAGGCUAUUUUUAAUGAGGACCUUUACUAUGAGAUUGCCAGGUUCGUCACCAAGCACCGAACGGGCGGCAGCCCAAUGAAAUUCUUGCCCCCGAGGAUGGGAGGUUUCAACUUCCACUACCGUAUCCAGUAUUCCGACGGUCGCUCUGCCAUCAUUCGCUUCCCCCUCCCGGGCUUCUUCCAGAUGGCUGAGGAGAAGCUAUGUGCCGAGGUAGCUGCAAUGCGGUAUAUCGCCGAUAACACGACUAUACCUGUGCCUUUUGUCCUCCACUACGGCAUGGCGCACGAGAGCCCAGGGGCGCUGGGUCCCUUUAUAAUCAUGGAGUAUAUGGACAAUUUUGGCGAUGUUAUUGAUAUGCUCAAAGCACCUGAUCGACCCUUCGGAGAAAAGCCAGUUCUAGACCCAGACAUGGAGGAAGAGAAACUCGAGUACAUGUACAGCCAGAUAGCCGACAUUAUGCUCCAGCUGGCCAAGUGCGACUUCUCCCAAAUUGGAUGUCUUGGGAUGCGGAAUCACAAUGACGAGACUGACAAUGUCGACCCGGAGGUCACCUGCCGCCCGAUGUCGUUCAAUAUUGCCCAGCUCGGGGAAGUAGGAGGUGUUCCUUAUUUUGAGCUGCCCGCCGUCUCCAAGACCUUCUCUACCUCUUCCGAAUACUACUCUGCUCUGGCCGAUAUGCACCUACAGCAACUCUCCUUCCAGCGUAACCAAGCUAUCAAAUCAGCCGACGACUGCCGCAAGAAAUACAUCGCUAGGCAACUAUUCCGCAAGCUGGCCGCCGAGCGUCGCAUAGCGUCAUCGGACACGGACCUCGGCCCUUUUAAGCUGUGGUGUGACGAUCUCCGCCCAGGCAACAUUCUCGUUAACGCCGACCAUCGCAUUGUCGGCGUGAUUGACUGGGAGUUCACCUACGCCGCCCCAGCCGAAUUCAUAUACUCCCCGCCGUGGUGGCUCCUCCUCGUCAUGCCUGAAGAGUGGCCGGAAGGACUCGAUGACUGGGCUGCCAAGUACGAACCGCGACUCAAGACCUUCCUCCGUGUCAUGGAGGCCAAGGAGCGCGAGCUGGUGGAUUCAGGCCGUCUUCACGAGUCCCAAGUGCUGUCAACGCACAUGCGCCGUAGUUGGGAGACGGGUGGCUUCUGGCUCGCGUACGCGGCACGCAAGUCUUGGGCGUUCGAUGGUAUCUUCUGGAGGAGCCUCGACGAGCGGUUCUUUGGGAAAAAUGCGGGCGGCUUCAUAGAGAGGCUGAAGCUUCUGCCGUCAAAACAAGUCGCUGACAUGGAGGCUUUUGUAGAGAGGAAGAUGCGAGAGAGGGAAGAGUGCACCUUGAUUGAUUGGUACGCCGAGGACGCAGAGUCCAAGCUGCCGCCAAACGUCAUUGAAGUACUUACAUGUAGUCCCACAACAACGGCUACGAGUCAAAUUGACAUACGACUUGGAGGAUUAUGCUCGAAAUAG